AUUUAAGAGGAUGAGACAUUCGGCAACACCCUUAAUGGAGUAAGCAGUGAAAAUGUUGUUGGGAUUUGCAACGGUGUUUUGUAUACUAGUUGCUGCAAUAGCUAAUGAUAAUGCCAGGAAAUGCACGCGUCUCAACUGUCCAAGUGAAGGAGGGUGUGUUAAACAGAAACUGAAACAACUUCAAACAAAGUGUGAUGAUAAAGAUGAGAAAAUUGCUAAUUUGACACUCCGACUUGAACAGCUUGAAUCAGGUGAUAUGUCCAAUGGAGUUGUUGCAAAUAUGAUGCGACGAAUUGAACAACUGGAAGUAUCGCAAGGUUCUAAUGUUCAAGAAGAGCUAAUGAAAAAGGAUGAGCAAAUUGCCAACUUAACAAAUCGCCUCGAGGAAGUUGAAGCAGUUCUCUACGAACUGCUCUCCAAUGCCACGCCACGUACAACACCGACAGAUGAAGACAGUUCAAGAGUUCCAUCAGAAAAAUCAGUUCGUCAAAUAAUUAGUUCCUCUAUGAAGUACUUUUAUGAUAGGAUUGUUCGGAGUACUAAAACAGCACUAAGAGGGAUAUAUUCAGGAUUCCCAGGUGGUGAUCCGAGCAGAUUUGAUGAUGGGAACUAUAUCUGUAAUAUGAUUUGCCCAUUAUACUUUAUUGAUGAGGAAGACAUAGAACUACAAUGGGAUUCGGGGAUGGUUCUUGAAGACCAAUUAAAAUGUGUCUAUCCGGGAACAAAUGUGACGAUGACUUGGAAUGGAUUACAUAAUGUAAAUGAGUUGCAUCCGAUUGACUUUCUAUUUUGCCAAAAUUUCUCCAAUACAACGGGGCAGCAGUCUGGCCAAAAACGAUUUGUCCUGAAUGAAGAAAAUAUGUAUAACUUUGCUGAUGGCGUUGGAAAUCACUGCAUUGAUGAUAAUAUAAGGAUAACGAUAUGCGUUGUGAAUCGAACCAUCUUUCGAUAUAGGUUUCCUCCACGGAGUACAUUCAGCUAUCCUCAGCAAACCCAAAACUACACUUCGCCCUCGCCCUCUUUAUUAGAUUGUGGGGGUACUUACUAUGCACAUGCUGGAACGAUUGAGUCACCAAACUAUCCCAACAACUAUCCCAAUAAUCUACGAUGUCACUACACCAUUCGAGGAUCAAACGAACGAUUACUUAUACAUCUCAUUGAUUUUUAUACUGAAUCCUCGUAUGAUGUUCUACAGAUUUAUGAUGGCCUUUCGGACUACAAACUCAUAGAAAUACUAAGUGGGAAUGUUUCUCGACGUUCUUUUGUUACUACGGGAAGGUUUGCAUACAUGCGAUUUACUUCAGACGGCAGCACCACAAGACGUGGAUGGUCGCUUCGAUAUGAACAGUACAGCGGAAGCGGAAAUGCUACAGAGACUCCUCCUACUAAAUUUAACUCAACGACACCAGCUUUGCAGUUAACGACGGAGGCCGAUGUUUACAGUAUGCGGAGGUACAUUUGUUUCAUCAAGUGGAACAAUUACGUCACCAAACUAUCCACGCAACUAUCCGAACAAUCUGAAUUGUACAUACGUCAUCCUAUCUUACUACGGUCCUCGAACCAUACACUUCAAUGCAUUCAGAACUGAAGGAAGCUACGAUUAUCUAAGGGU